CUUCUCAUCACUCGCAAAGUUUAUAGAAAUCUACCUACGUUUCAAAAUAAUGAGAUUUUGGCUGUUUUUAGUUUCCUCUUUGUUUUUAUCCCAUGUGCUCCUAGUCACAGCCGCUCAAUGUGGGAGGGAAAAUCAUGGUCUUCCUUGUCCAGGAGGCUUAUGUUGUAGCGCAUACGGCUGGUGUGGCACCACUGACGACUACUGCAGCGUGGAAAAGGGUUGCCAAAUGAAUUGCACCGAUGGCCCCGGCAUUCCUCCGCCGAGCCCCGACACUCCACCCGGCCCGGACGUCGAUGGCGGCGCACUCGGCAAGAUUAUAUCAAGAGAAAUGUUUGAAGAGAUGUUUCCGUUUAGAAACGACCCUCGGUGCCAUGCCGUCAACUUCUACACCUAUGACGCUUUCAUAGCUGCCGCAAAGUCUUUUCCGGACUUUGCCGCGACUGGCAAUGAAGAAACUCGGAAAAGGGAAGUUGCUGCUUUCUUAGGCCAAACUUCUCACGAAACUACCGGUGGAACUGGAUGGCCAGCAGAUAUAGGUCCAGAUUAUUGGGGAUAUUGCUGGAACAAGGAAGAUGGAUGCCCUAGUGACUAUUGUGCGGCAAACGUAAACUACCCAUGUGUUCCUGGUGUAAGAUAUUGUGGCCGGGGCCCUAUUCAACUUUCUUGGAACGCGAAUUACGGGCAAUAUGGAGAGAGCAUAGGGCUAAAGGGCCAGCUUUUACAAGACCCCGACAUGCUAAUAAGAAACGCUACGAUGGCCUUUGAGGCUUCUUACUGGUUCUGGAUGACUACACAGCCACCGAAGCCUUCAUGCCAUGACGUUAUCACCGGAAUAUGGACACCUUCCGAUUACGACCGUCAGUUAGGUAGGGUCCCGGGGUACGGUAUGCUCACGAAUAUCAUCAACGGUGGCCUAGAAUGCAAUAUUCCUGCUCCGGACGCUAGGGUAGAGGACCGCAUCAAGUACUACAAAAGGUACACUGGAAUGCUCGGAAUUAGCCCCGGCGACAAUCUCGACUGCUACAACAUGAUUCCUUACAACCAAGGACUCGCAGAAUCGAUGUAACUUCCGGUGUCAAAACGACGGCAUUAAUGAACGAUAAGUACUAGCUUUAUGCAUUUAAAAAUAAAAAAUAUCACAGUGAUCUGGUCCAACUUAGCAGAUUGUUGGACGUUGUUGCAUGACUCUGUGUUCUAUGCUUUGUUCUGUGAAAUUGCCGUCUUUUUAAGUUUUAUGUAAGCUUCACGUAUGAAUAAUGAAAUCAGUGCUAAGUAAUGAAUCAA